AUGUCUCAACCAGAACAGUCUAAUUCUAUCGAACUGUUUCGUAGGUCAACAUAUGGAGAGUUCAGAGCUUGUGAUUUGCCUAUAACUAAUUGCAAGUAUAUCGAGGUUAGUGGCAAUGCCUGGCAUGCAUCUUGCAACAAGCAGCAAUACAAUCAGGACUCUGGUGAUAAGCCAGUGGAUCAUCUUAUUUGUGAACUGUGCAAAAAGUUGGCCAAGGUUUCGACAAAAGUGACUGUCUUGACUCAGGCUAAAAAUAUGAAGUGUAUCUGGGGCUCUCGCAAAAGGAAUAAGAGGCAAAUUCAUCAAGUUGGGGAGGUUGGACAAUCAUCUGGAGUGGAUAAUUCUACAUCAUCAGAAAACCUGCCUGGAGCGACAACUGAUGAGGCCAGUGCAGUCCCCUCCAUGCCAUGUCAACAGGCCUCCAGCUCAUCUGCUGUUUAUGAAGAUGAGGUGAUUCAUGAAACAGCUGGAGUUGCUAGUGCCUCGGGCAUGGUCGAUGAAGCUACCAACCACACUGCAAACCAAGCAGUAUCUGAAAUUGCUAUUGAGUCCAAUGAUGUCAGUCAAGUGACCAACCAGACUGCAAACCAGAAUCUGUCACCUCCCCAGAAUGUUGAUAAAGAUCAAGAGGGUAUGAAUACAACUGGUCCACCCCUACAAAUCGAUCCAAAGGAAAUUGGGACUAUGUCAAAUUCGGAUACCAAUUCCAUUGAGCCUCAAGCUUCUUAUUUGGCCUCAAGUUCUUCUGUCAACUCACUUACCAAUGUUGAUGGAUAUUUCUUGAGAGGUGAAUUAACUGACAUUUUUAAGGCAAUCACAGUAAAGUACGGGGAUAUCUCUAGGAACUGCACUAUUGGUUCGAAGAUUUUUAGGUCCUCUUACUUGGAAACCAUAUGCUUGAUUGUCAAAACCUUGCAAAUUACUCCUGUCAAAGAUUUAAGUGAGUAUCAGUUGUUUGAGAUGCUCGAGUCCCUAGCUGACAUGAGGAAGGUUGGAUUCGACAUGGAAUGGCUUAACAUCCAUCUUGUUAAAGUAAAGAAGAUCAUGGAGUUAAGUAAGGCCUAUCAAGCCCUGCAAUUUACAAGGGACCAGCAGCAACAAAUAGCUGAUUUGCUUAAGAAAUCGAUCGCUUUGAAAGAAGAAGAGCUGUCUAAUUUGACGUCUCAAUUCGCAGAAGCUCGUGCCAAGUACGAUAAAAUUUAUCAUGAAAUUAUGGUGAUCAAGUCAGGUUUGGAAGAAGAUCACAAGAACACAUUGGUGGAUGGUCUUCUGUGA